AUGGACGCCGACACGACCACCCGAUUUGUUCCCGAACAUCGUCGCACUAACUUCAAAAACAAGGGCCACUUCCGCCAGGACGAGCUCCGCCGCCGGCGCGAGGAGGCUCAGGUCGAAAUCAGAAAGGCCAAGCGCGAGGAGUCGCUCGCAAAGCGUCGCAAUCUCACGCUCCCCACAACCGCGACCGAGAAGAUCCAGAGCGAAAGCGAGGAUGAGAGCUCGGCCGAGACUCAGCUCAAUGAGGAUUUGCCGGAGAUGAUGCAGGGCGUGUUCUCUGACAACAUCGAGGCACAGAUCCAGGCUACCGUCAAAUUCCGGAAGCUGCUGUCAAAGGAGCGUAACCCUCCGAUUGAGAAAGUCAUCGAGUGCGGUGUCGUGAGCCGAUUCGUCGAGUUCCUCAGAUCCCCCCACUCCAUCAUCCAAUUCGAAGCCGCCUGGGCGCUCACCAACAUCGCUUCCGGAUCAUCCCAGCAGACCCAUGUUGUCAUCGACGCCGGCGCGAUCCCAAUCUUCGUCGAGCUUCUCGAUUCUUCAGAGGCCGACGUCCGAGAGCAGGCCGUGUGGGCGCUCGGUAACAUUGCCGGUGACUCCCCGCGUGCCUUGAGCAUGCUCAGAAACGCUACCUGGACUCUCAGCAACUUCUGCCGCGGCAAAUCGCCUCAGCCAGAGUGGGCCGUCAUCUCGACUGCUUUGCCUGUCCUCGCAAGACUUAUAUAUUCUCUGGACGACGAGGUCUUGAUCGAUGCCUGCUGGGCGAUCUCAUACCUCUCUGACGGUGCCAACGACAAGAUCCAGGCCGUCCUCGAAGCCGGUAUUCCACGAAGACUUGUUGAACUGUUGCUGCAUCCCAACACCUCGGUUCAAACUCCUGCUCUGAGAUCGGUUGGAAACAUCGUCACCGGUGAUGACGUGCAGACUCAAGUCAUCAUCAACCACGGCGCUCUCAACGCUUUGCUCACAUUGCUUUCCUCCCCCAAGGAAGCUAUCCGAAAGGAGGCCUGCUGGACUAUUUCCAACAUCACCGCCGGCAACACUGCUCAGAUCGAGGCCGUCAUCACUAGCAAUCUGAUUCCUCCACUCAUCAACCUCCUUGCUCAUGCCGACUUCAAGACCAGAAAGGAGGCGUGCUGGGCCAUCUCGAACGCUACCUCGGGCGGCUUGGCCAAGCCUGAUCAGAUCAGAUACCUCGUGUCUCAGGGUUGCAUCAAGCCUCUCUGCGAUCUUCUCACCUGCAUGGACAACAAGAUCAUCCAGGUCGCCCUGGACGGUCUUGAGAACAUCCUCAAGGUCGGCGAUGAAGACAAGGACAUGAAUAACGGCGUCAACCUCUAUGCGGUUUACAUCGAGGAGGCCGGUGGUAUGGAGAAGAUCCACGCCACCCAGCAGAACGAGAACGAGGAGAUCUACAUGAAGGCCUACAACAUCAUCGACAAGUACUUCUCCGAGGAGGACGUCGUUGAAGAUGCCGACCUUGCUCCCCAGACCGCGGGUGACACCUUCCAGUUUGGUGGACAAGAUCCUUCGACAUUCGGCGCCAACGGACAGAACUUUAGCUUUGCUAAUGCCGACAACACUAUGAUGUCCUAA